AUGUUAUGGUUCAAGAUCCAUGUUCAAGAUCCAUCCAAAGCUGACAUUCAAGAUCAUGAUGAAAAGAUGUUAUACAAAUUGGUGUUAUGUGGAUCAUUAACAGGUGGUACAGCAUGCCCAGUUAAUAAAAUCUGUUAUGCAGGAGUAUGUGUUGAUUGUGUUUCAAAUUCAAAUUGCCCUCCAGGGAGAGUGUGUCAAUCAAAUACAUGUGUUGUUCAUUGCAUUGUACCUAUUGAUUGCGGAAGUAGUCAAGCUUGUAUAAAUAAUAGAUGUGUUAAUUUCUCUAAUUGUACUACAGAUCCACAAUGUAACACUGCCUAUGGAAUCAACACCCAUUGUGAAAAUGAAAAGUGUGUUUGUGAUGAUGGCUUUUAUGGUUUAACAGAAGGCCUUUUUGGUACAGGUUGUGCAAAUAAAUACCCAACAAUAUCAUCAAUUCAACAAGAUCAAGAUAAUUAUACGAUAUUAAGUUUAAAUGGAGAUUUUAGUCCAAAUGUUUUAUCGACCAAUUUGAACAUUACAGUUAAUAAUACGAUACCAUGUACUCCAAUAUUCGUAUCAAAACCAUUAAUUAAUUGUACUCUUCAGAAUCGUCCUACUCCUGGUAAUGCAACUUUACAAAUCAAGGUAUCAAAUUCAACGGGUGUUGGUAACAUCGCGAUUGCAAAUUACCCAGAACCAAUUUGUAACUAUACAAUUUUACAAAAACAAUGUCAACAAGAUACAAAUAAUUGUACUGCUGGAAAUGGAUAUUGUAAUGAAAUUGGUCAAUGUAUAUGUCAUCCAAAAUAUGAUCCUAAAUCAAAUUGUUCUUUACAAAGUAAUGAACAAGGUCCAUCUAUAAUUUUCUACCAAGGAUGUGAUAAUAUAGAUUCCAGCAGUAUAAAUACACAAUUGUGUAAUCAAACUGUUUAUUUAGGUGAAUGUACGCCACUCAACCUUUGUGGUGGUUCAACACCGAUAAAUCAAUGGAUUAUUGUUGUAAAUUCAAACAACACAAAUUUAGGUAUUCAAUACUAUGACAAUGAAAACUGUACUACAACUCCAUGUGGAAACCAACAAGAGAUCAAAGAAGAAAAGUGUGAUACCUGUUUGGAAAAUACCAACAUGUAUUGUAAAUUUGAGAUCAUUCCCACCUCCACUAGUACUAGUACUGGUAGUACUACCUCUACGACCACCGCUAGUACAACGGGUUCUACUACUACUACUACUACUACAACAACAACAAUGACAACAGGAACUCCAACCUCUGGUGAAUCACCAACACCAAGUGAUUCCACAAGUAUUAUCUCAAAUCAACUAAACUUUACCUAUUCACUUUUACUUUUAGUUCGAUAUUCUUCAAAGUGUAUAGUAUUUUUAUCAAAAUUAAGUUCGAUAUUUUGUAUUCAACUUUACCCAGUACCCUAG